AUGGGUAUUCCAAUUUGUCUCUAUGAGCAGUUGACGCAAAGGGAUCUCCAGCGAUAUGAUAGAUGUCCAGCUGGGACCUUAGCGGUGUUGAAAGCGGUUUGGGAAGGUAGAAGAGGCGUCGGGUUUGUUCCUCGGGUUACUGUUGGUGCUGAAUGGACUUUUAGAUGGCGGUUUGAGUUACAGAUUAGGGUUUUGUGGCCUUUGGGGAGUUUGAUUGAGUGGGAAGCCGUUAGGAGUAAAGACUCGUCUCAUUGGUUAUUUUACAAGGAGAAUGGGAGUCAAUUUGUUUUCUAUGAGGAAAGAAGUGAAGAGCUAACGGUAUUGAGAGAUCUAGAACAGUAUUUGGAGGGUUCAAGGAUAGCCAGUGUGGAUUGUUGGGAUGAGAAGCUAGUUCUGGGUCUGGAUAGUGGCCAACUAAAAGUAGUCACGUGGAAAGCAUGUGAUGGGAUUGUUCAACAUGUUAAUACAAUUUUUCUGGGUCCUGGACCAAUACAAAAGGUCUUUACAGGUUUGCUACCUCGUUUUGUGGUUUCUUACUCAGCCCACCAUGGUCUUUUAUGUUCCGACACUCACUCCGGGGUUACUUUCACAUUAUUGCGCGUCCCUCGCGGAGACUUGCAAGUGGCUUUGGAGUUCCCAAGAUUAACUGCAUUCAACGAAUCGCAAGUUUGGCAUAGUGACGACGUUUUACGCGAGCCUUUACAGCAAUUAGAGGUUCCAUUGAGACCUGAAGAGCAUUUGCUCUCGGCCACCCCAUGUGACGAUAAAUUACUAGUUCUAGAAACAGACCGGAGAUUACUCUCCCUUAGCGGACAGCAUUGUCAAACGAUCUUCCACAAGACUGAAGCUUACUGUCAAGUAUCCUGUGCAUACGACCAAGUAGUUGUUGCAGAACAACACCUUUACGGCACAACGCUGACAGUUUACGAAUACUCCCCGGAUCAACAACGCUGGAUCUCGCUGGGCUACUCCGAUAUUCGUGCCAAGUAUAACAUCACCAAAGUACUUCGGCUAGCUUUACUCUCACCGAGAAACAACAACAGGCGCAGUCUUGCCGUUCUCGCAGAUGACGGAUCCAUCCAAUCUUUCAAUAUAGAAUGCUCAUAA